AUGGAGAUGGGUUAUUAUAUUUAUAAUAGACUGUAUCAAAGACUCAAGAAGCAAACAAAACAAAACACAUUCGAUAAAAGGUUUAGCACAACGUCGAAUAACCAAUUCUCUCAUCCAAGAUUUUAUACAUUACGAUUAAUAAUGGUGAAAGCUUCAAAACUAACACUAUCCUUUCAGAAGCCAAUUAUUUCUACUUCAGAGCACCUCAUAUCUACUAGAGAUCUAUUAGAAAAUUUAGCUUCUUUACAUGAAGAGUUAUCCACUUUACCCCAAGAUAAAGUUGAUUUGAGAAGUUUAGACGGAUACCAAACAGAUUUAUGUAACAAGAAAUUGAUAAAACAUAAGGAUGCAGGUAUCCGUGCCUUCACAGCUUGUUGUUUAAGUGACAUUCUACGUCUAUAUGCACCAGAUGCACCAUACACAGAUACCCAAUUGACUGAUAUCUUCAAACUUUUCCUAUCACAAUUUGAACAUUUAGGAGAACUAGAUAAUGGGUACAUAGUUCAACAAACCUACCUUAUUACUAAACUAUUGGAAUACAGAUCUAUCGUUCUACUAGCUGAUUUACCAACUGCUAAUAAACUACUAGAAAACCUAUUUGAGAUUUUUUACGAUGACUCUAAGACAUAUCAAUCAAAAUUAUUCAAUGUCAUUGGAAGUUUAUUAGGUGAAGUCAUAUCUGAAUUUGAUUCUGUUCCUUUAUCCGUUUUAAAACUAAUCUUCAAUAAAUUCUUAACGUAUAACCCGACUGAAUUGCCCAAGGGUCUUACAAUUACUUCAAAUUGUGGGUACGAAAUAAGUCUGAUCCUUUGUGAUGCCUAUGCCAGUCGAAUGGGUAGGAAUUUAACAAGAUACUAUUCGGAAAUUUUGUUCCAUGUUACUAACGAUGAUGAAAGUGGUCCCUCAUACCAAUCAAAAAUUCAAUUGUCUUCAACAAUCACUAAAUUACAUAAGUUAAUCAUUAGACUUUGGGAAACAGUCCCAGAAUUGAUAGCAUCAGCAAUCGGGUUCAUCUAUCAAGAACUAUCCUCAGAGAACGAAGAAUUACGUAAACAAGCAACGAAAUUGAUUGGACAAAUUUUAUCAAUAGACUCAGAACUCAAUUUUGUCACUACUCACCAAGAUACAUUCAACGCGUGGAUGAUCAAAAUUGCUGACAUAAAUCCAGAAAUUAGAAUUCAAUGGAUAGAAGCCAUUCCUACGAUCUUAGCUGUGAGAGAUGACAUCUCAAAAGAAAUAGAGAAAGGACUUGUCAAGACUUUAAUGGAUUCAGAUGCAAGAGUUCGUAAAUCAUCUGUCUUAGUCUUCCAUGAAUUACCUGUUUCGACUAUUUGGACGAAUAUUACAAAUCCUGUCAUUUAUUCCACAUUGCUCCAUUUAAUAAGAGAGAAAAAUAAAGACGUGAGAGAAUUAUCUAUCAAUACAGUUUCCAAAUUAUACUAUGAUUCAAUUGAGUCCAUUGAUAGGACUUUCCAGAAUACCAAAAUAUGGGAUAUUAUUGAUACUAUCCCAUCUGUAUUAUUUAAUCUUUAUUAUAUUAAUGUGCCAAAUAUUAAUGAGCAAGUUGAUAGAAUGAUAUUUGAGAAUAUUCUUCCGAUGGAUACUGAUAAUGAAAAAAGAAUUAAAAGAUUAAUGCACGUUCUAUCUGAUCUAGAUAAGAAAGCAUUCACUUCCUUUUUUGCGUUUAAUAAGAGACAACCGCAAAUGGCUCUUGCCUUCUCUAAAUAUAUUGAAUUUUGCCAAACUCUCGCAUCUGCAGAUGAAGAGUCUUCUCCAGAGAAUAGUACAAGAAUCUUAACAACUUUACAGAAAACAAUUGAUUGGCUAGCUAGUGGGUUAUCAGAUUCUUUGAAAGCCAACGAAGCAUUAGAAACUUUAAGGAAAAUAAAUGACCAAAGAAUUUUCUUUUUGAUAAAGACUUGUAUUGGUAACAAUGUACCAUUUGCUACUUUGAAAAAUAGUUACAACGAAUUAAUAAAUAAAUUGCAGGAUUCGGGGUUGUUCAGAAAAUAUCCUAACGUUUCCAUUUCAACGAUAAUGCCAAAAGAGCUGGCCAGGAUAAUAAAUAUUCUUUUAUUAAGAUCAUCGCCUAUUAUUUAUAACGUGUCUAAUAUCCCAUUCCUCUUAGAUAUGUCACACUCCGCAGAUUCAAAUGCAAAUGUUUUGAGACAUAGGUUACUUGAUAACAUAUCUGCCGUCAAUCCAACACUUUUCAAAGAUCAAGUUAAGGUUUUAAGAGAUCAAGUUAUUAAAUACGAAGAUUCUGAUGAUGAAGAAGCUGUCUUAGGGUUGAAUGAAACAUUGAAAACAUUAUAUAAGAUUUCCAAGGGAUUAAAAGAACAUAUUGAUUUCAAUGAUAACUUCUUCUUAACAAAAUUAAGUGAUAUUGCCCUAGAAGGAACACCUACGAUGGCUAAGUAUGCUACAAAAAUUAUAUGUAUGUCACCCACUGCCGCUGAACUCCUAACCAGAAUUAAAAAAUAUAUUUUACCACUUGAUAAGCAUAAGGAUAAGUGUUUUACAUCUCAUAUUAUUGUAUUGAUGGAGAUUUUUAAAUUCCAUCCCCAUAUUUUGGAUAAUGACUCCACAGACAUUGUCAGUUAUCUAAUCAAAGAAAUUCUUCUAUCAAAUAAAAUCGUUGGUGAAAAGGAAAAUAAUGAUUUAACUUGGAUUCAGGAUAGCUCGUUAGAUGACAAAGAAUACUCAGCAUUGGCUGCUAAACUCUUUACUUUGAAGUUAUUCACCAAUAAACUGAGAUCCAUCGCCCCAGUGGUUAAAACAGAUGAAUUAGCUAAAACAUUUGUGGAAAAGACCAUCAAGUUAUUCUUUUAUUUAAUCGCCAGUGGUGGUGAACUUGUAGCUGAAAGUGAUAUACAAAACUAUCCAACUCCUUCGACAUAUCAAAUCAAAUUGAGAUGCUAUUCUGGUCUUCAAAUUUUGAAAUUAGCCAAGAUUCCUACAUUGCAAAAUUUUAUUAAAUCAUCCGAAGUUGUUAAACUGAUUAAUCUUGUCGAAGACGAAUCACUUUCUGUAAGGAAAACUUUCUUGGAUACAUUAAAGACGUACAUUGGGAAUGAAUUAAUAUCUAUUAGAUUUUUACCUUUAAUAUUCUUCACAAUGUAUGAACCAAAUAAUGACUUAAAGAAAAAUACGAAGACAUGGAUCAACUAUACAUUUAGUAAAGAAUCAUUCAGAAAGGGUACGUUUUUCGAAAGGAUAUUACCAAGGUUAAUUCAUUCUAUAGCUCAUCAUCCUGAUAUUAUUGAUGGACUGAAACAAGGAACUGAUGAUUCUUACUUGAACUCGUUGACUACUGCAAUUGAUUAUUUGCUAUUUUAUUUUGAUUCUAUCGCUAUUCAAGAGAAUUUCAAUUUGUUAUAUUACCUAUCAGAAAGAGUCAAAAAUUACCAAGAUAGGGUGGCAGACGAAGAAGAUGAGACUACUUCAGAGGAAGAUGUUGAAGGAGGAGAAAGGGCACAACGAUCAUAUGGUAAUUCACAGACAAGAGUAUAUAUAAUUAGUGAGUUAUCUCAAAUGAUUUUACUAAAGUUCAAAGAAAGGAAGGGUUGGCAACACUCAGCCUAUCCAGGAAAACUGAAUCUACCAGGUGAUAUCUUCAAACCAUUUGUUUCCAUAAAGGAUGCACAAUUAUCAUUUAGAUCCUACCUUGAUGAUAGAUAUGCCGCAAAAUUGGAGAACAAUAUUAAAGCUAAAGUUAAUAGAAUUUUCCAUACUUCACAAACGCAUAGACAAAGGGCGCAAAAGAGGUUAUUGGCUAAUGAAAUCAAUGAUAGUAAUUCAAAGAGGAGGAAGCAAAGAAAGAUUAAUAAACAGAGUGAUCAAAGUGAUAAGGAGGCAGCAGCUUCUGGUAGCGAGGAGGAAGCGGACGCUUAUAAACCAUCGCAAAAGAUUAAGAGCAGAAAGACAGCUGAUAACAAUGUGAUAAUAAGGAAAAACUUGAGGACAAGGAAGGCUGUUGAUUAUAGAGAUAGUGAUGAUGAGGAUGAGGACAAUGAGCCUAACGAUGAAAACCAUAGCAUAAAAAUAUAA